GUCCUAUGACGCAGAAGGACGAUGGAGAGAGAGAGAGAGAGAGAGAGGGAGAGAGAGAGAGAGAGAUCACGCUUCCUCAGUCAUCGUCCAGCUCUCUCUCAGUCAGUUCUCUUCUCUCGGUGAUGCUGAAAGAUGUCGGGAUGAGAUGCUGAAGUAGGAGGAGGACGUUUUUUUUUUCCUGCUCUCUCUCUCGGGGAGUCCGGACCACCUGUCACUUCUCUCACCUGGAGGAAAAACUCACUCAAAGAAGAGAAAAAGAGGCAGAGACGCGCGUAAUUUCUCUGUGCGUCUUCCCCGCGCCAUGCCUCCUCUCCUCCUCCUCUGACCACCUCCUGUCUCUUCCUUCUUGGAUGAACUUUCUCGCCGUUUGCGGGGACGCGGUCGAGACCAUGAAGACGACGCGGAAAUGUCGCGCGCUGCUGUCGGUGGGUCUGAACCUCGUGGCCCUGUUCUUCUCCACCACCGCCUUCAUCACCACGUACUGGUGCGAGGGCACCCAGCGGGUCCCCAAGCCCAACUGCAGCAAGCAGCGGCGGCACAACUGCAUCGACUACGGCGUGAACGAGACGGACCCGAGCAAGGUGCACUACAGCUGGGAGACCGGGGACGACCGCUUCCUCUUCCGCCGCUUCCACACUGGCAUCUGGUACUCCUGCGAGGAGAACAUCCACGAGGCAGGUGAGAAGUGUCGGAGCUUCAUUGAUCUCGCCCCGGCGUCGGAGAGAGGUGUGUUGUGGUUGUCAGUGGUGUCCGAAGUGCUCUACAUUCUGCUGCUGGUGGUCGGCUUCAGCCUGAUGUGUCUCGAGCUUUUCCACUCCAGCAACGUCAUCGACGGACUCAAACUAAACGCCUUCGCCGCCGUCUUCACCGUCCUAUCUGGUCUACUAGGUAUGGUGGCCCACAUGAUGUACACACAGGUGUUCCAGAUUACAGUCAGUCUGGGGCCCGAAGACUGGAGACCCCACAGCUGGGACUACGGCUGGUCCUUCUGCAUGGCUUGGGGUUCCUUCACCUGCUGCAUGGCCGCCUCCGUCACCACCCUCAACUCCUACACCAAGACGGUGAUCGAGUUCCGACACAAGCGGAAGCUGUUUGAGCAGGGCCUGCGCGAGGAGCAGAACUACCUGGACCAGGAGGCCUUCCACUACUUUCGGGACCGCUCCCUCCAGUCCAUCUCCAGCACCGUGGAGGUCUACCCAGGCCACGGGGGAACCAGAGGCGGGCUGGUCGUCGGGGGCCCGGGUCCGGGUCCGGGAACAGGUCCCGGACCGGGGCCCGGGAGGGGAAAGAGAGCCACGUCAGCCUCCAUAGACCUGGGGGAGAACACAGACUCGCUGGGGGAGGAGCAGUGUUGA